AUGCGUUACGUCGCGGCUUACCUGCUGGCCGUCCUCGGUGGCAACGAGUCUCCCACGUCAAAGGACCUGAAGAAGAUCCUCGACAGCGUUGGCAUCGAGACGGACGAUGAACGCAUGAACAAGGUUAUUAGUGAGCUGAAUGGAAAAAACAUUGAGGAUGUCAUUGCUCAGGGUAAUGGGAAGCUUGCCAGCAUGCCGGCGGGCGGAGCUGUGGCAGUCUCUGCCGGAGGAGGCUCUGCUGCUCCUGCUGCCGCUGCUGCCCCAGCUGCUGCUGAGGAGAAGAAAGAAGAGAAGAAGGAGGAAUCUGAAGAAUCCGAUGAUGACAUGGGAUUCGGCCUAUUUGAUUAAUUAUUUGUUGUAGACAAAUUAUUAAAAUUCUUUGUUUAAAUUUUU